GUGUGCGCGACGGUCUUCUGGCCACCCACUCCUCAACCACCUUAUUCUUUAGCCUCAAGAGGUAGUCUCCGCCUCUUUUUUGUGAACACCAGAAUCUUUCUCGUCUUAAGAUCCGAUAUUCUCUCUUUGAGUGCUACUGUCAAGGAUCCCUCAUUGUACUCACAAGCGCCAGGAUACCAUACUCUGGGCGCAAGACGUCGAGAUGGAUGACCUUUUCGACGUCUUCGAGGGCAGCGGCCAGCCCGACACCGCAGAGGCCAGCGAAGCAGAGGCUGCCCCCCAACAGUCCCGUACCAAGUCCAAGAAGUCCGACAAAGAUAAGAGCAAAAAGCGAAAAGCCGACGGCCGCGUGAAGAAUCAAGUCGUUAACCAAGAUGCCGACGUUGAUAUGACCAACGGUGGAGAGGUUUCGAAGGACGAAGCUCAACCGGAAUCUCGUCAGCCCUCGUCCGAUGCUCAAAAGGAGGAAGAGAGCAACAAACGGCGCAAGAAGGAAGAUGAAGCGGAACCAGUUCUCACCGACACGUUCCAGACGGCCGAGUCUAGACAAGUCGAGGGCGCGCAAACUUUCACCCCUGGCGAGGGCGAGGCGAUUGUGUUGUCUCAUAACAUCCAGCAUCAAGUCGCCUUGCCCCCCGAUCUAGAUUACGAAUACGUUCCCCUUUCCGAACACAAGCCGCCCGCCGAACCCGCCCGUACAUGGCCCUUCAAACUCGACCCCUUCCAGAGCCUCUCGGUCGCCUCCAUAGAGCGUGACGAGAGUGUCCUAGUCUCCGCUCACACAAGUGCCGGUAAAACAGUCGUCGCAGAGUACGCCAUAGCGCAGUGCCUCAAGCGGGACCAGAGGGUCAUCUACACCAGUCCGAUCAAGGCCCUUAGCAACCAGAAGUACCGAGAUUUCGAGGCCAUGUUCGGUGACGUGGGCUUGAUGACAGGUGAUGUUACUAUCAACCCCACGGCCAGCUGCCUCGUCAUGACGACGGAGAUUCUGCGUUCCAUGUUGUACCGCGGUUCCGAGAUCAUGCGCGAAGUUGCCUGGGUUGUUUUCGACGAGAUUCACUACAUGCGCGACAAGACGCGUGGUGUUGUCUGGGAGGAGACCAUCAUCCUUCUUCCUGACAAGGUCCGCUACGUCUUCCUGUCGGCCACCAUCCCCAACGCCUUCCAGUUCGCCGAGUGGAUUGCCAAGAUCCACCAUCAGGCUUGUCACGUCGUCUACACCGAUUUCCGACCGACUCCUCUGCAAAAUUACUUCUUCCCCGCCGGUGGAAACGGGAUCUUCCUGGUGGUCGAUGAGAAGGGAGUGUUCCGCGAGCAGAACUUCCAGAAGACCAUGGCGGCGGUCGAGGCAUCCCGCGGACAAGACUCGAACGACCCCAACGCAACGUGGAAGGGCAAAGGUGCCAAGAAGAAGACACAGAAGGGCGGCGCGAGCGAGUCGCAAUCCGACAUCACCAAGAUCAUUCGCAUGGCCAUGUCGAAGAACUUCCACCCCGUCAUCGUCUUCAACUUCAGCAAGCGAGAGUGUGAGAACAUUGCGCUCGAGAUCUCCAAGUUCCAGUUCAACACCGCGUCGGAGCAGGCCAUGGUCCGCAAGGUCUUCACCAGCGCCAUCGAGAGCCUCUCCGAGAUCGACCGCCAGCUGCCUCAAAUCCAGCACCUUCUCCCCCUCCUGGAACGAGGCAUCGGAGUCCAUCACUCUGGAUUGUUGCCCAUCCUGAAAGAGACCAUUGAGAUUCUGUUCCAGGAGCAGCUUAUCAAGGUUCUGGUUGCCACAGAAACCUUCUCCAUCGGCCUCAACAUGCCGGCGAAGACGGUCGUGUUCACCCAGGUCACGAAAUGGGAUGGCAUCAAGACCCGACCCCUCACGCCCUCCGAGUACAUCCAGAUGUCCGGCCGUGCCGGUCGUCGUGGUCUCGAUUCCCGCGGUAUCGUCAUCAUGAUGAUCGACGAGAAGAUGGAGCCCGAUACGGCCCGCGGCAUCGUGGUCGGACAGCAAGACCGGCUCAAUUCUGCCUUUUACCUUGGUUACAACAUGAUCCUGAACCUGCUUCGAAUCGAGGCCGUCUCGCCCGAAUUCAUGCUUGAGCGGUGUUUCCAUCAGUUCCAGAACGCCGCCAGCGUCCCUGCCCUGGAACGCGACCUCAUGAAUCUUCAACAGGAGCGCGACAACAUGGUCAUCGCCGACGAGUCGACGGUCAAGGACUAUUACAACAUCCGGACGCAGCUCGAACAGUACACCAGGGACAUGCGCUCGGUCAUUCAGCACCCGAACUAUUGCCUCGACUUUCUGCAGCCGGGCCGACUCGUGCGUAUCUACAACCCCAAGCAUCAAGAUGACAGUCUGGACGGCGCGGAUUUCGGCUGGGGUGUUGUGGUCAAGUUUGUGAAACGCCGCGAACCCAAGAAGGGCGAGCCGACGUAUCCCCCGCAAGAAGCUUACCUCGUUGAUGUCUUGCUCCCCGUUUCGGCCGAGAGCAGCGAAGUGAAUCCGGGACCUAACCAGACGACGGAAAUGCCCAAAGGCUUGUAUCCGGAGACGUCGUCCGAAUCGGGCCGCUUCGAGGUGAUUCCCUGCUUCCUGUCGUGCAUCAAGAGCAUCAGCCAGAUCCGCGUCUUCAUGCCCAAGGAUCUCAACCAAAAGUCCAGCAGGGACGAAGUGCGCGGGGCGCUCCUCGAAGUCAAGAAACGGUUCCCCGACGGAAUGCCCCUCCUGGAUCCGAUCGAGACCAUGGCCAUCACGGAUGAUUCGUUCAAGAAGUUGCUUCGGAAGAUCGAAGUGCUCGAGUCGCGCCUCCUGACGAACCCUCUUCACGGGUCUCCACUGCUGCCGGAACUGUAUCUGAGGUACAGGGCCAAGGUCAAGCUGUCGGAGCAGAUCAAGGAGAAGAAGAAGGAGAUCGCCAAGGCCCAUACCAUCUCGCAGAUGGAUGAGCUCAAGGCUCGGAAGCGGGUGCUCCGGCGCCUGGGGUUCCUGAACGACGCGGAAGUCGUCCAGCUCAAAGCCCGUGUCGCGUGCGAGCUGUCAUCGACCGAAGGCCACGAGCUGAUCCUCGCCGAGCUGCUGUUUGAUCGGUUCUUCAACGAGCUAGCGCCCGAGACGAUCGCGGCGGUCCUGAGCUGCUUCGUGCUCGACGAGAAGCUGGAGGCGCAGCCGCUCAAGGAGGAGCUCGACAAGCCGUAUCGCGCCGUUGUGGCCAAGGCGCGGCAGGUGGCCAAAGUGAGCAUUGAGAACAAGCUCGACGUGAACGAGGAGGAAUUCGUGGCCAAGUUCAAGUGGCAGCUGAUGGAGACGGUGUACGCAUGGGCCAACAACAAGCCUUUUGCAGAGAUCUGUAAAAUGACCAACGCCUACGAAGGGUCGCUGAUCCGGCUCUUCCGUCGUCUCGAGGAGUUGCUCCGCCAAAUGGCGCAAGGCGCCAAGGUCAUGGGCAGUGAGGAGCUAACGUCCAAGUUUGAGGCGAGUUUGAACAAGAUCCGCCGUGACAUUGUUGCAGCGCAAAGCUUGUACUUGUGAAGGGUGAGUGAGGGUGGGAGGUAAGUUGCUUCAUCUCCUGGGGAAAAGGUCGGGGCCAACCGUUGCCCUUGGGUUACGAGGAGUCGACCGACAAUACGAGAAUGCAGGAAUGCGACACGGCGACGGUGCUUGGCCUCGUGCCCAGCGUUUCUCUCAUCGGCGCGCGUGUUUAUAUGAACUUUCGGCAUGAUAAAAGGAGUUGAGGUUUGGACAUGGAUUAUACCAUUGUAGCUUUCUUGGAUUUUCUGCUUGUCGAGACAUGGAGGCAUAAGGGGGCUUUGCAUACCUCCCUCCUCCAGGCCGCCAAUUCACUAGCAUAAUGGCC